AUGAAUCAAGGGGGUAUCGAACGGUGAGUUCGUGUUUUGCCAUCCGUUCUUGCUUUCCUGUCCAGAUGACUGUUUUUCUCUUAUUUGCUCUCAAUAGCCCAUCACAUUCAUGCCUUCUCGGCGUAUAGGACCGAAAUAGGUCUACGGCCAUAGGCUUACAACUGAAUGAGUAGGAGAGAGGUAAUCUCUCAAUGUAGUCAAAAAAGCCACGAAAACUAGCUUUCAUCGGUUUCAUAUGGCUGUUAAAUCCAAAAUGUUUCAGACAAUCUAAAUUGGCUCGACCAUAAAUAGUGAAAAUGAGUUGAAAGCUGAGUAAUUUUAAUUGGACGUACGCUGGGAUUAUUGGUGUCAUGGGUUGCUACCCACAACGCAACCAUCCUGGUUCGUCUUAAAAUAAAACGGACUUCAAACUCUCAUUAACCCUGUGAUCUUAACUUUCUCCUGAGGCAAUCCUCGCAAAUACACAGAUAAACAAAUGCAUUUUUCUCAGUCUUUACGAUUUGAUGAUAGGAGAGAUCGCUUGUGAAAUGUUCAGCAAUAAAACUGUACGUGCAGGCGCAUCUGAGGUCUGUCUCCAAAUAACUAACUUCGGCGUCACCAGAAUAUUAGCCUAAGCACUAAGCAGAACUACUGUAAGUGAUUAAAAUUUGGCCCAAUAGAACACUUGCGUAGUGUUCUCCAGGCAAAGACUGAGGUCUCCUAUGUCGCACCACCAUGGCGUAAUAGGAAAACGAGCUAGCAAUGAGUUAUGUAGCCGUCUGCGUUUGCUACAGUGCGGUGGCCGAUCUGACAAAAUGUUGGCCGAAAUUCUAAAAUGCGUUUUCGAUUAGGAAGGAUUACCUAGGUGGGGUUGUAAUGUUGCUCAUCAAGCGACAUACUCCCAUAGUAUUUCGGACUCGCAGGAUGUCGGCUUUUAAAUGUACUUCUUUUCGACCUCCCAUAGAAGCUACACUCGGUAAAAUGAUUACUUCAGUAAAAUGCAUUUUUCACAUUGAUUUUCGAUGGUCUCAUAAACUCAAAUAUACAUGCACAAAAUAUACUUUCCCUUGCUCGUUUGGUAGAAAAUAACAUUGUCCUUACAUUUUAUACCCGAAGAAAGCGUAUAUUUAGGUUCUGAAAAUUUUUCUCUAUUCCUCAAUAAUUUUGGGACAGAUCAGCCGUUGCAUUACCAUUUAAUGAUUCCAGUCUACAAGACGCAUGCUUUUCACAUAAAAGAUAACAUAUUCCUCUAUGCCUUCAGGAAGAUACCAUGGUGAGUUCAUAAAAUUUUUCAAUGGAUGUGGACAUUGUUGUACGUUUCACGAGGAGCAUCGAUAGACGGAGAUGUGCGACGGCGUCUGUAUAAACAUCGCACGGUCUUUUAAAUCUCACAAUUAGAAACUUUUUUAAGACCUAGAUAUGCGCUUUCUUCGGGUAUAAGAUGUAAAGACAAUGUUAUUUUCUACCAAACAAGUGAAAUAAAGCAUAUUUUUGUGCAUAAUUUCCAUAAAAAAUAUCUGAAUUUAUAUGACUAUCGAAAAUCAAUAUGAAAAGUACAUGCUAAUUAAGUAGUCAUUUUACCAAGUGUGGCUUCUAAGAGACGUCGAAAAGAAGUUCAUUCAAAAGCCGACAUCCUGGUGAGUCUGAAAUACUAUGGGAUUAUGUCGCUUGAUAAGCAACAUUACGACCCCACCUAGGUAACCCUUCCGUAUCGAAAACGCAUCUCAGAAUUUCGGCCAACAUUUCAUCAGAUCGGUCACGCAUUGUAUAUAGCGUUCCAUAUGGGGAAACCUGAGUUUCUGCAUGGGACAAGGUCAGGGUUGGUAACUGAAAAAAGGGUACUAGUAUUCCGAUACUGCAAUGGGCUUUUAGCUAAUACCUGUGUUGUUAGUAUGGUAAAUCAUUGUAAAAAUGCUGCUUUAGUUCAGUACUUUCACCUAGUGGAUUACGAAUGCGUGUGCGUCUGCUGGAGGUCUAAGAAGACCCAUGUAUUUUCAAUAUUUUCUGAGCAAGAGAUGAUACAUUCAAGGCGAUAUUCUGACCGAUGUCGAAGUAAAUAAAACAGCACAUAACGUCAAUAAACAUUACAUUUGGAAAUGCAACUGGGUCAUCUUGGUAUGGGCAAACAGAUAGCUGGCUGCUGAUAAAGACUCUUUCCUUUGCCUUAAGCAGUUACGAUAAAGCUUUGUAAAGUAGACGACCUGUUUAUGCUAGAUGAGCGUGUAACUUAACUGCUUAUUCAAAAUGAAAUCACAAAAUUAAGUGUGGGCCGAUAUUACCAAGGAACCAUCAUUUCACGUCUCAACAGAACUCUUCCCCAUCUCGUUUAAGGUAGGACAGAACUUAGAAGUGAGCAUUUUUGGAGGACUCAACUAAAAAUACCCAUUUUCCUCAAUUUUAGGUACAACGGAAAGUUCCUCAUUGCUGGCAUCGCACUGCUCGUAUACGUGGUACUCGCUGUAUCAUUCCUCUUGGUUUGCAAAUUCCGGUACAAGGGUGGACCCAAACAGGCAGACGAAAGUGAUGCUGAAGAAGAUGAUGAUUAUGAUGAUGAUGAGAAAUCUGAGGGGAAGGUUGCAUUUGCUGGUGGGAAAGAUGACAAACCAGUAAUUGAUGAAUACAUGUAA